UCUCUAUGCCAUAUCCAAACCUUCCAACCUUUUUAUUUAUAUAUAUAGAUAAUACAAACAGACUCAUUCCUCUUCUGUCUCUCUUAAGAAGUAAGAAUGGCCCAGCUGGACCAAAAAAAUUUGUAGAGGGAAAAGUAAAAAAAAUAAAAAGAGACGGAAUUUGAAGGAAUGGAAGGAAAGAAAGAUAGAUAUAUGUCCUCAAUUGUCCUCCAACCACAACUCCCUCCCAAGGCAAACUCUACUUGCCACAAAUGCCCUUCUGCGAAUCCAUCUUCAUCACUCAUUCCUUCCUCUCCAUCUCCAAUCUUCAUGGGCCUUUUCGGUUUCUUACCUUCAACGACUCCACAGAAAGAGAGCCAAACCAAGUUACACAGAACCGCCUCUCUCUACAAAUACCUUUUAUUGUAUUUACAACUAUUAUUUCCUCUCUAUAUAAAUCUCAAACCUUAUUUUCCACCUCCAAUUGGGUUUUUUGCUUUUCCUUCACUCAAUCGCCAAGUUUUGUUCUUGGAUUAGUGGUUUUGGAGAAGAAUGUGAGAAGGGCUAUAGUGGGUUCUCGUCAAUUUUCUGUUUCUCUCUCUCUGAAAGACCCUUAUUUGAAUAGGAUUCGUUUUUCUUUGCCUUAUAUUUUUGGAAUUGUGGUUAAAGACUCAAUUUUGGAGUAGGAGUUGAAAAGGGUUUUCUUGGAUUUGUGGUUUUGGAGAAGAAGUUGAGAAGGGUUUUAGUGGGUUCUCAUCAAUUUUCUGUCUCGACCUUUAUCUCUCUCUAAACCACCCCCCCCCCCCCCCCCCCCUAUUUGAAUAGGAUUCCUCUUUUCUUUGCCUUUUAUUGAAUAAUUGUGGUUAAAGACCUAAAUUUGGAGUAGGAGGUGAAAAGGGUUGUCUCUUUUCAACCUUUUAUUUUGCUAAGUUUUGAUGUUGGAGAUGCAAUUAUGAAGGCUAUGAUGAAAAGGGUCUCCAUGGAUUCUCAUCAAUCUCGCCCUAUGAAUGAAGAAGCUAAGGCUAAGCUUAAAUAUCAAAAUUUAUUGCAGGACUACUUGGAACUGCAAAAGGAAUUCGUUUCAAAGAAGAGAAAAUUGCAGACUGCGAAACUGAAUAGAGAAAACCUAUUGUCUGAAGUCCGAUUUUUGAGACAAAGACGUAAACAUUUAGUGAAGUCACAAUCGCCCAAAGGUGAACACGAAAUCGCCCAACAGCACGAUUCAGAUGUAAAUGAGAGGAACUAUAAUGUCAAUGAAGCUGUUCUGAAACGCCGUUCUCCAAUGCCAGAUAUGAAGCCGAUUUCGAAUGAUGGAGAGCAGGACUUGAACAGAGAAGAAGACAUUGAUUGUGAGCCACUGAGAGUAGAGAAGAAACCUAAGACUUGUUUGAUCAAUUAUAAAAUAGUGGAGAAGAAGAAAAUCUCAUUGAAGGUCUGAAUUUUGAUAGAGAAAAUACUCAAUUGUUUUAUUGUGAGGAAGAAAAGAGGAAAAGAAUUCAUUGUCAAUGCUUUGGUAAUUGUUAUUCAGGCUCUUUUACAUAUAGGUUUUCCUCCAUUCAGGCUCUUGUCAUAUGCAUUGUUCUUUGUGAACUGUAGAGAGUAUACAUGGAAAUUACCCAUGUAGUUGGGAUUAAGGCUUUUAGGGUAAAGAUGAAACUUGUGAAACACCUCUCAAUAAGAUCCAUAUUACUAUUUUUCUUUCC